AUGGACGAAACAACUAUUUAUUUUCUGAUGAGUUAUCAUUUACACGAACCAUUACACAGUAAUCCAAUGUUUAUUGUCAAAUGUAUGGACAUGAACGUUGGUAUUGCUCAAGGAGAACGAAAUCCGAAUAGUAGUUGGUUAAAUAGUAGAGGUGUUUGGUUAACCUAUAUUAUUUUACUAUUUGUACUUCAUUUUAUUCUAUUAAGUAUUCCAUAUAUCACAACACCAUUAGCAUGGACAUUAACAACAUCUAUCCAUAACAUUGUAAAUAUUUUCUAUCUUUUUCACAUUAUCAAAGGUGCACCAUGGGAAACAUCUGAUCAAGGUAUGGCUCGACGAUUUACAUUUUGGGAACAAAUUGAUGAUGGAGUACAAUGGACGGGUACAAGAAAAUUCGUACAAAUAAUACCGAUUGUCUUAUUUUUUAUUGCAAGUUUCUACACACAAUAUAACGGUUAUCAUUUUCUCAUUAAUCUUUCAACAUUACUAUUGGCUAUUAUACCAAAAUUACCUAUUUUCCAUGGAGUUCGAAUAAUGAAUAUCAAUCGAUAUUAA